UGCGUUCGCACGCUGCCCUUGGCUGUGGGCGGGCGCAUGGCGUCGUCGGUUUUACUGAUUUGAGUCGCACACUCCAUGCGUUAAGGAGGCUAACUUGUCUCUCGGAGAUCUCCUUUAUCCACUAUAUUCUAUGAGCUUCACUGGAGCAAAUGUGAAGCUGUCAACUUUGAAUGGACAUCUUAUCUGUGGACUCUGUGGAGGGUACCUCAUUGAUGCGACCGUGUUGACAGAAUGUGUCCACGUAUUUUGUCGUAGCUGCAUCGUCAAAUACCUCACUGAGCACAAAGUGUGUCCUCUGUGUCAAAGCUUGAUACAGGAGACGAGACCCGGCCAUGCACUUCGACCUGAUACUGUACUGCAACGUGUUGUGUAUAAGCUUGUACCCGGUUUAUUAAAGACCGAAAUGCAACGGCUGACGGAGUUCUGCUCGUCAAUGUCGGCCUCGGAAACAAUGCAAAGUACACAGGCGUCUGAAAACGAAUACUCUCUUGGGACAUCCACGGCCUUUUCUCACCCCCCUUUGCCCACUGCCCUCGCUACCCGAUCCUUGUCCCGAAACCAGUCUGCGUUGCCAACAUCCCGCCAAAUUUCCGGAAAGCACAUGCCGUCGUACACAAAGGUCCCAAGCUCCGUCUCCUACCUGUUGGGUGAAGAUGAAUUUAUAAGUGUUGCCCUUACGCACAUCCCCACAAUCCCAGAUACACAGUUCAGUGCUUCCAGACCCCUCAUACAUAAGUUCAGUCGCACUGGUGAAAAUGGAACAACAUCGGCUUCAACUUCUCCCACUCCUGGAGAGAGCGAACUUGAAACAAUUUAUCUGCUGUGUCCGUCCGUAGUCACAGUUCAGAGUUUGCACCAUUUGAUUCUGGCCAAAUAUCAGAUCGACCCGCACAAACUAGUCGUCGAUUUUUAUCUCGAUGGUGAAUGUUUAGAACCUUCACAUAGCCUCCGAGAAGUUGCAUUCCUCUAUUGUUUUCCUGCUAAACAUCAACGUAUGUGUUUUGAAUUCAUAUUUGCCGAUGCUCGUCUGGCUUGGUGGGGAAGGCCAAUGCCUCGACUGGAACGCUCACAUAAUAAAGAUUCGCAUCAGCUCCUUUGGUCCCCUCCACUAGACCGUCGUCGUUCGUGCUGCUCCUCCCCAGAUUCCGCCGACGAUGUUCGACCUCGCCAGAGGGCGUGGUCAAUAGCUAGCGGUGAAAAGAACAGAGAGACCCAUUCGAAAGCCAAGCGGACUUCACUAAUAUCAUCUUGCGUAAUUGUAUUCAUAGCCUGGUUGAUGAAUCAUGUACUUCUUCGUAAUUUUGUUAAUCCAUUUGAGUCAGCUUGUGCAUUUUUUCUGUACAGC